GUUGAAGUUCAUGAGUUCGCCCAGCCUCAGUGACCUGGGCAAGAGGGAGCCGGGCGCGGCGGGUGCGGACGAGCGAGGCACGCAGCAGCGCCGAGCCUGCGCCAACGCCACCUGGAACAGCAUCCAUAACGGCGUGAUCGCUGUCUUCCAGCGCAAGGGGCUGCCCGACCAGGAGCUCUUCAUCCUCAAUGAGGGUGUCCGGCAGCUGCUGAAGACGGAGCUGGGGUCCUUCUUCACUGAGUACCUGCAGAACCAGCUGCUCACAAAGGGCAUGGUGAUCCUUCGUGACAAGAUACGCUUCUACGAGGGACAGAAGCUGCUAGACUCGCUGGCGGAGACCUGGGAUUUCUUCUUCAGUGACGUGCUGCCCACGCUGCAGGCCAUCUUCUACCCUGUACAGGGCAAGGAGCCGUCGGUGCGCCAGCUUGCCCUGCUGCAUUUCCGGAACACCAUCACCCUCAGUGUGAAGCUGGAGGACGCACUGGCCCGCUCCCACGCACGCGUCCCUCCUGCCAUCGCACAGAUGCUGCUGAUACUGCAGGGGGUACAUGAGUCCCGGGGUGUGACCGAAGACUACCUGCGUUUGGAGACACUGAUCCAGAAGGUGGUGUCACCGUACCUGGGCACCUAUGGCCUCUACUCCAGCGAAGGGCCCUGCACCCAUUCCUGCAUCCUUGAGAAACGGCUCCUGCGCCGCUCCCGCUCUGGGGACGUCCUCGCCAAGAACCCGGUGGUGCGCUCCAAAAGCUACAACACGCCCCUGCUCAAUCCCGUGGCUGAGCACGAAGCGGAAGGCACAGCGACCGGUGGUACAAGCAUCCGCAGGCACUCCGUCUCUGAGAUGACAUCUUGUCCUGAGCCCCAGGGCUUUGUGGACACACCUGGCCAGGGCCCUUCUGGGACCUUCAGGUCCUCUCCAAUGCCCCACUCGGGGCCUUGCCCCAGCAGACUGUACCCCCCUGCCCGUUCCCCCGAGCAGGACCCAGCCCACGGCUCCCCACCCACCUCCAGCCCUGAGACAUUGGUGGACCAGAUCCUGGAGUCCGUGGACUCAGACUCCGAAGGAAUAUUCAUUGACUUUGGGCGGGGUAGUCGCUCCAGUGUGUCUGACUUUGGUGCAACCGGAAGCCGGCCGAGUGUUGUGUGAUGGCCUGAGGUCUGAUUGGGAUGUCCAGUUGGCACCACCCAGACGCACACUGAACCACCUCAAGGAUGGGGCCACCAUGUGCCCUUCUGCCUGCCCCACCCUUGGUGCCCACACCUACCCAGAAAAAUGUGAAACCAGUGGCUUCUGCCUAUGCCAGCCCAGCUUGGCCCCCACAGUGAUGGGACUCCAGCCACAGCCAUACCUGCCUCCCUCUGCCCUGGGUAGCAACAGGAAGGCAUGAAAUAAAGUUACAACUCCAGGCUCCUGUCUUCCCCCUGGUGUCCUUCUGGGACCCCCACCUCAUUCACCGCUCCCUCCUGCCAGGGGCACAUUUCCAAGUUGAGGGCAUGGCCACUUGCCCGUUGUCCACUCCUCCACUUGCUUUCAGGUCCAGUGUCACUAUGUCUUCUUGAUGGAAGGACCUAGAAAGCAUAUAAAGAAGGCCUGACACCUUAGUGGAUGAUAUAAGACAGGCCCUACUGUGGUCCCUGGUUCCAGCCCCAGACAUUGGCUGGGAGGCACACACUGCAGCCAGGGAGGGAAGGGUGUUGCUUGCCCUUUGUUUGGAGGGGGCUGCUGAAGGCCCUGGUGGUACAGGCAGCCCAGCCUUCCCAGCUACUCUAGGGGUGGCUCUUUGCCUCCAGAGAGGUUUGCUCAGAGUCUGAGGGUGGUUAGGACCUCCCUGGUCCUCAAAUGAGCUGAUUCUACCACCUGGUAAAUGGACGUAAGUGUUCUUGAGUGCUGGCAGGGUGGCUACAGGCUUGUACCAGCCCAGCAGCUUACCCCGAUAUGCUAUCCCUGGAGUAGGCCUCUGUCGUGUUGAGAUCCUCUUUAGAGAGCCCGCAGGAGUAUGGUCCUCUUUGAUCACAUGCUGACCCCUGCCCCAGACACUCAGGCCUUGAUGGUCUGCUGGGAAUGACAAGCGAAAUAGCAGCCCCAGGGGCAGGGUGACCAGAUCUCACCAGGACACAGGAUAGGAAGCAGCUAUUUCAUUCUUGGGCUGCAAGGCCUUGUGGGUCCAGGGGAUCUGCUGGAGAUGUUAGGAUGAAGGUUCCCCCACCCCCCAGGGUGGGAGAAACAGCCUGUUCCAGCGAGGGGUGGCCUGCUUGAGUUUCUGUGCCUGUGGUGAGGGCACACACUGGACUCCCAGGCUGUCUCAGUGUCACUAUUGCUGUGAUGAGACAGGCGCAGAAGCAGCUUGGAGAGGAGAGGGUUUGGUUUACAACCCAGACUCACAGUUCUUUGCAGGAAGCCAAGGCACGAACUUGGAGUCAAGGGCCAAUGUGGAGGCCAUGGAGUAUUCCUGCUUGCUUUUUGUGACUUGUUCAGCCUCUUUUCUUUCUUUCUUUCUUUCUUUCUUUCUUUCUUUCUUUCUUUCUUUCUUUC